GCUGUAGGGGAACUGAGAGAGAGGGGGGUAGAGGAAAGUUAACCAGCACACUUUCUUUCUGUGUGGGUUUGGAUCUACAGCUAGGGAAAAGGAGAAGGAAUAGAGAUACUGUAGGGGAGGGUAAUAGUUUGCUCUCCCAACUGCACACAUAGACAGUAAGAAGACAACAUGGCUGACUCCAGCGGCAGUAAACCCUUCAUGGUGACUUCCUCCAUCAACCUCAAAGUCACCACCCCCUCCUUCUACAACCAGCCAAAGAAGUUUGCCUCGGUCAACCCGCCGCGCCCCAAAAGCCAGUCCGACCCGUCGCCUUCCCCGGGCUCAACUCCUCCCGCAGGUCCCUCUCCUCCCCCCAGCCUGGUCUCAACACGCGGUGUCGGCACAGCUGUCAUUGGUCGAGUUGGAGUGAUGCCUCCACCCCCACCAUCGCUCUGCGAAGACUUCCCGCCCCCUCCUCCUCCGUUGGACGAUGAGCUGCCAGCCCCUCCCCCCAACUGUGCAACCACACCCCCAGCCUCUGAUGCCUCCCCCGCCUUCCCUCCCCCUCCCGCAGUGGAUGACCUGCCCCUCCCCCCCGCCCCGCUUGAGGAGAAUGCCUGUCUCCCGUUCCCCGUCUCCCCUCCUCCACCACCCCCUCCCCCUCUCCCAGUCUCUGGUCCCAGCAGUGUCCCCAGUGCUGGGGAGAACUUUCAGCGUCUGGCAAAGCAGACUAGUUUUGACAAACAGCUGGAUUCUCUGACUGACCUGCUGUCUGAGAUGGAGACCAGAGGACCCUUCAACCCCAAGUUGCCCAGUCAGUACUCAGCUCCUCCUCCUCCUGCCCCCAAGCCUGCAGGUCCUCCCCCCACUGCUCCCAAGCCCAACCUCUCCUUCCUCCCCCCUCCAGAGAUGGGAGACAAGCCCCCUCCCGCUCCCUGGGCCGAGGAGCUCAAACUCCGGACGACACACCGACAAGCCAAUAACCCUAUAUCCGCCCCAGUUCCUGCUCCUGCCCCACAGCCAUUUGCUAAAGCCCCAGUCAUGGCUCCUAAGGCUUUUGGGGGCAUGAAAACGGGGACGUCCGUGCCUCCUGUGGGGCUGAAGAACCAGAACCACGCCCCGGCUCCAUUUGGUGUUGCUCCUAAACCUUCCCCUGCAGCCAGCUCCUUCCCUCCUCCUCCUGUCGCUCCUCCCGCCCCACCAGCCAACAAAGUGGCUCCCCCAGCCUUCAAUCACUCAAAGCCCUCUUCCAUUGACUCUCAGAUGACUGUGAGCCUGCCCCCUCCUGCUCCCGUGCCCCCUCCUCAGCCCAAAGCGAUGACAUCACCUUCUUCUUUCAGCCAGCCAAUGAAAUCUCCCCCUUCAUCAAAGCCCUCGCCUCCUGGGCCUGUCUCUGUCCCAGGUGGAGGUGUUCCUCUCUCCAUGAGGGAGGUGGAGGAGCUGGAGAGAAUGACCAAUGCAUUCAUCAAAGACAUGGACACACACGCUCCCGUCAUCACCUCAGCACCAACAGAGGUAUGUGGUAAGUGUGGUGAGGCUCUGUCUCGUUCCCAGCCUGCAGUGAGAGCCAUGAACAAACUCUUCCACUCUGACUGUUUCUGCUGUAUGAGCUGCCAUCGCCCCCUGCAGGGCAUGCAGUUCUACGACAAGGACGGGACGCCACAGUGUGACGACUGCUACACUAGUUCUCUGGCGGUGUGUUCUCGGUGUGGGGAGCGUAUUACAGACCGUGUGUUGAAGGCGGUGGGCCAGUGUUUCCAUGCCCAUUGUUUCCGCUGCUGCACCUGCGCCUGCAGCCUGGAGGGGGCGCCCUUCAUCACCGACGACAACAACAACCCAUACUGUGUCCCAGACUACCACAGGCGUUUCUCUCCCCUGUGUGUGAGCUGUAAUGAGCCCAUAGUUCCUGACGCCGGCAGUCAAGAGACCGUCAGAGUCGUGGCCCUCGACAAGAACUUCCACCUCAAGUGCUACCGCUGUGAGGAUUGUUCCCGCCCCCUCUCCAUAGAGGCGGACGCAGACGGCUGCUACCCAUUGGACGGCAGGAUCCUGUGCAUGAAGUGCCACACCCAGCGGGCCAAGGCUAUGCAGUGAUUGGUGGACACAUCUGUUAUUCAAGUCUAACUUUGAACCAAAUCCAAGACGGGAUCCAUUCAGCUUCCACCAUUCUGUCUUUGCAACAGGGCUUUACUUGAGUGAGUGAGUGAGUGAGUGAGUGAGUGAGUGAGUGAGUGAGUGAGUGAGUGAGUGAGUGAGUGAGUGAGUGAGUGAGUGAGUGAGUGAGUGAGUGAGUGAGUGAAAGCGAGUAUGUUUGCAUGCAGAUGUCGUUAUGUCUCUCUCCUCUUUCUGCUUAUUGCCCCUCUCAGUCCAGAGGUAAUGUACUGCACUGAGAGACUCCAUUCCUCCUCCCCUUCUCCCCUUGUGUUAAUGCCAGUGUUAUCAAGGCCAUUUUUUGUUUAUGCUUAAAUUCCCAGCAUGACUUGCACAAGUAUAGCUUAGUCAUGGGCUGUGUCCCAACAGUCAAAGAUGGUUUCCUCUCCUCUUCUCUCUCCACUGAUAGGAAAACAUGUUGAGAAGGUUUCAGCCUUAAAACUUUGAUUUGUCUUUCACUUUUCAGUGGUACAGAAGGAAAAGAGUGGAAGUAUUUCAGAGUGAGACAUAGUAAGAUGAAGUUGACCCUAAAUGCUGAUCUUGGGUCAGUCUUGCAAUCCCCCCCUUACUGAUUAUGGUUAGAUCUUAGAUCUGUGCCUACUGGCAACUUUUCCCAGAAGUUUAGUGUAACCCCCUGACCCCAGUGCACGAGGAGUUGAACAAAAGUUUAAGGUGGACUAAUUCAUGUUCCCCUGCACCUCCCAUAGGGCUGAGUUCUGGUGGGCUGGUGGCACCGGAAGCACUUUGGAGUGCCUGCAAACAUACAAGUUACUUAACUGCCUUUAGAGAGUGCUUUCUAGAGAACUACAUAUCCCACCAGACACAAUGUAGCAGAGCAGUGUGCUGUAGGAAAUGUAGUUCCUCUUGGGCUAAAAACUGAGUGCAAAAAAACAACAAAAAUAUGUGAAUGUCGCUCUCGUUUGUUUUUGUUGUGUGUGUUUGUUGCUUUAUAGGCAUGCAUAGCUACAGAUCACUGUCGGUUACUCUCACCAGUUUGUCAAGCACAGAAUGAGGGUACAAUACGAUCAAAAUGACCAUUUAUUUAUUUGGCAAAAUAAUAGAAGAUUUAAGAUCAUGAUUAGAGACACUACCUAGAACAAAGGUCAAAAGUUAGCCAAGCACAGAUUCCAUUCCUAUGGUCUCCUCAUGUUAAAUAGAGUGCUGUAGUUUAAAGAGGACCACAUGGCUUGAACCACAUGAACAGAACCUACGCUACAGGCAGAAGUUGCUCUUAACCGCUAGGAUCAGAUUACCCUACCUCAUCCCUAAUCUUAAUUUAAAGGGGAUGGAGGGGAAACAUCGGAUCCUGCAUCAGUAGUUAGGGGCAACUUCCAGGACCUACAGUACAGUAUAAUCCUAUCAUCCUCAGUGAAGCGCUCUUGAACGCCUUUUUAUGUAGUGUGCAGGCGUGUUAAGAUAUCUAAUGAGUAACAUAGAGAUAUUACCUCUCAUUAAUUCAAUUCACCUAAAGGUAAACUCAUGGAUUUUUGCACUAUACACCUGCGUUUACAAAUGCUUAGUAUUUUGGGCAUUUGCAGCUCUCUGAAUAACAUAAUAGAACUGGCUCUGAAUCAGGGUUUUAAGUAUUAUAAACAUGCGACAGAUCAAAUGGCCAGUCUGUUUUCCAUAAGAGUGUAGUAGGUCAUUGACUGUAGCAGUAGCAUGUAGAUCAAACCAAUACAGUUCAAGGUGAUAGUAACACGUCACUCAAACACAUCACACUUUAAAUUCACUUAAAGUUUUAAUCAUGUUUUUUGUGCUUUACACAGUAUAUUGUUCCUCUUCCUUUCUCAUAAUACUCCAAUAAAUACCACUGUUUCCAUUAUUCAGCUUAGUGUUCUUUUAUGUCUCGAUAUCAGUUAUAUUUACUCUGCUUGUAAUCUUACCAUACUGUAUUUCAUUGAUAAGUACUUAUUUUCAGUGAUUUUUCUGUGAAACUUUGUGAGUUGCCAUUUCCACCCUAGUAUUCCUAUCUCUCCUGUUCAGACUGGUUUGGCACCAAACACCCAUCCUUAUUACAAUCCUCAGCCUGGCAUAGCAACACAACCCUAAUGACCAAACUAACAUCCUAAACCAUAUGGCCAAACAGACUCCAUAUGCAUGUUAUCUGGGUCGUCGGUAUCAUCUUUAGUAUUGUCAGUUGUUUGUUUUUUUAUUUGCACACAUGAUUCCACCCUUGUGACCAUGCCUUUGUCUUCUGUCAGACCAUUGGUGUGUUGAUGCCUUCAAAAACACCACGUUGCUCAUUUAUUUAAUGAUGAUUGCCUUGUUCUUUUCAUAUAGUUUUGAUAAAUUCCUCUUAUGUGUGUGUGUAUGUUUACGGUUCCAAACAUGCCAACAUUAAUUACCUGUACAUGUCAUUCUUUUUCUUCUUUAAUUUUACUGUACUCAAAAUAAAACUGCUAAUAGCCUAAAUCCUGUGUGGUUUUAUUUUGCCUGUUUGGCAUUUGCAAUAAUUAAAGGUCUUUACCCCUGGAAGUUA